CUUCAAGCCCAGCCCUUUCCCUGGGACAGGCAGUCUCCACGGCCAUGUGAUCCUGGGGCUGUGGGGACCCGUCGGGACAGCUGGGACAAGCGGGGGUCGCGAGCGUCCCUGGGAGGGGCCGGCAUGGAGCGGAGGUGGGUCUUCGUGCUGCUGGACGUGCUGUGCGUGCUGGUCGCCUCCUUGCCUUUCGUCAUCCUGACCCUGGUGAACGCGCCAUACAAGCGCGGUUUCUACUGCGGAGAUGACUCCAUCCGGUACCCCUACCGUCCAGACACCAUCACUCACGGACUCAUGGCCGGGGUCAUCAUCACAGCCACUGUCAUCCUGGUCUCUUCGGGGGAGGCCUACCUGGUGUACACGGACCGGCUCUACUCACGCUCCGACUUCAAUAACUACGUGGCUGCCAUCUACAAGGUGCUGGGGACCUUCCUGUUCGGGGCCGCUGUGAGCCAGUCCCUGACCGACCUGGCUAAGUACAUGAUCGGCCGUCUUCGGCCCAGCUUCUUGGCCGUCUGUGACCCCGACUGGAGCCGGAUCAACUGCUCUGGCUACGUGCAGCUGGAGGUGUGCAGGGGCAGCCCUGCUAAUGUCACCGAGGCCAGUUUGCACCCAUCUGUGGCUGCCGGCUCCCCAAGCAGCUCCUGGCUCUGCCUUCCGGUCCCGCUAACUGGCUGCCCUCCCUCCCAGGCUGUCCUUCUACUCCGGGCACUCCUCCUUUGGCAUGUACUGCAUGGUGUUCCUGGCGCUCUACGUGCAGGCCCGGCUCUGCUGGAAGUGGGCCCGGCUGCUGAGGCCCACUGUUCAGUUCUUCUUGGUGGCCUUUGCGAUCUAUGUGGGCUAUACUCGUGUGUCCGACCACAAGCACCACUGGAGUGACGUCCUCGUCGGCCUCCUGCAGGGAGCCCUGGUGGCCUGCCUCACGGUCCGCUAUGUUUCAGACUUCUUCAAAUCGCGCCCGCCCCUGCCCUGCCGGGAUGACGAGGAGCCAGAGCGCAAGCCCAGUCUGUCACUAACGCUGACCCUCGGUGACCGACCCUAGCUGCUAUGAGUCUCUUCCUGCUCUGGAAGCCAGGAAGCCACCCGUGGGCCAGUCAUGUCUUGGCCUCUUGGCCCUGAUGAAGCAGCUGCUCCAGGGUCCCGGCUGGUAACCGUGGACCAGGGUCUUGGGUGCCUGGCUGGCCCUGAGCGUGGGCAGAGCCCAUUCUCAGCCUUCCUUGAGUGUCCCAUGGCCUCAAAAGAUGCGGCCGUGCUCUGCGCGCUGCCUCCCAUCACCAAGUGUCUUUUGAGGAGGGCCAUCCCUUCACGGCCCCAGGAAUGGGCUGAUCUGAGACUGUUCUUCAUGAAGCCUGCACCCUUCCUGAUGGCCCUGCAGGUGAUGGACACCUUGUUUCCCUGGGUGGGGCAGUUGGCCUUAGCCAGGGCAGGGAUCACAGAUGUGAAGAGGGCUAGGAGCCCCUGCCUGCCUGGGAGCCCCGGUUGCCUGAAGGGCCCCAGGUGGCUUUUGGCUUGAAUCCUGUUCUCAAGCUGAAGGAAGAUUCCUGUCCGAAGCCUCCCAGGCCCCCUCCCUCAAGCUUGAUGUCCAGUCCUGCCCCCACUGCCCAUGUGGGCUAAACGCUUAGCCAGGCUUUGGAAGUGGGUCCUGGCUCUGCCGUCCCCAUCUGUUUCAAAACACUUAAAGUUACUGUUUCACAGGAGUGUGAGUUAUAAACAUGUACCAACC